GGCUUUCCUUGUGAGGAGGUACAGUACUGCAAAGUUGCCCUGUGGUGCGCUGGACAGGGCUGCUGCCUCUUAAUCCAAGGGUCUUGGGUUUUAAUCCUGGAGCGGAGACUGGCCAUGGGAGAUGUAUAUUAUGAUGGCCCCAUGAAUGACCAGCUUGCUGUAAUGAGUCAGUGCCAACCACUGCAAUAACAUGGUGCUGCCACACCAAGAAAAGCAGCACUGGACCAACAAAGGCAGAGAAGAACAGAAAUACAAGCCUUGUUCAGAAGGCCACAAUGUUGGUCCUGGGUGGAAUCGUUGUUCUGCACAUUACCACCAUCAUCCUGCUGCUGGUGGCUACCAUAGAUAAUGCUUGGUGGAUCACUGACACAGUGUCCACUGACCUGUGGGGCAGGUGGGACCUGGCAGGCUCAGACUGGCAUUACACCAAUCUGAAAAACUACCCAGAGGAAUUUCUACAGGCUGUUCAGGCCACAUCGGUGCUGGCCUGUGUUUUUGCCAUCCUGGCCUUGUUUGUGUUUGUGGCCCAGCUGUUCACCCUACCCAAAGGCCAGAGGUUCACCUUCACCGGAGUUUUACAGCUAAUCGCCUGCCUGUGUAUAAUGAUAGCAGCAUCAAUCUACACGGCUGAGCUUCACGCCAACGACACAGUGGGAGGGUACGGACACUCCUACGUACUGGCCUGGAUCUCUUUUGUCCUCACCUUUGUUCUUGCGAUCACCUACCUCGUCCUGCGGAAGAAGAGCGAGUGAGAGGGGAGGAGGAAUGAGGGCAGGGCUGGGAUCUUAUUCCCUCUUUGUAUUGUGGGGAAGUUAAACGUUUGGAUUUUUAGUUCAAAUUUGGUUGACAGAAGCUUGUUGAUCUACAUUUGCAGCUAGGAAAGUGUGUUGGGGGAUGCUUGAUUGCUAACGGGAGCCUUUUUUUGAAUACCAAAUGUUGAAAUGGAACCUUGAAUUACUUUCCAUGACUGGUUUGAUAGUUUUACUCCUCAGAUUACUUUUUCAUUAAGAAGUGGGCAUUGUGCCUCCUCUAAAAGCAUUUUAACCAUAAAAAUGAAUGAUCAAUUUCCCUUGUUUUACACAGUACUGUAAGGGAAAUUACUAAAGACAGGAUACAGGGUGACACCUAGCUAGUCCAAACAUAACAAAAACUACUAAUCACCAUCUCUGAACCUCAGUUUUUUUACAUUUUAUACAUUUCAAAUUGAGGACUCUGUAUUUCUUUGCAAAUUGCUUAUGUGGUUUGUGCUGUGUGGUGAAUUUUGUUACAUUUGGAUAUAGCCAGCCUACCCGUGUCCUGUCUCUCUUUAUGUUGAGGUUUGGUAAGCCAACCUGCUGUUGAAGGUGCUACAUGCCUACAAUAGAAAAACUUAAUUGCUUUAAAUAUUUGUAUCAAAAUCCCAAGAAGAAAAAGGAAAUUUUUCAAAAAUGUCAAAUUUUCCUUUAAGAAUCUGAACAAAGCUGACAGUGCAGAGGGAGAAGGUUUUGACAAGUUUCUUUUGUUCUUUUCACUUAAUGUUAAAUAAUUAGGAUUCUGUUUCAUUACUAUUUCAGCUGACAGUUACUACUGUAGGUUUCCGUAGUUGAGGAUUGAGAAUCAGAAACAAUCAGAAAAGACAAGCCUUUAUUUUCAGUACAAGUAGUUUUAAUCAUGUAUCAUUAUUUUACAACUGAAGUCUAGUGUAUCCUUUGUUAUUCAAUGUAAAUUGUAACCAUUAUAUUUUUGUAACAUUUUGUACUGAGUGUUUUUUUAAACUAUAUUUGAUUUUGUGUCUGUAGUUGGCUGCUAUCAUAAGAAAAGUACAUGCUGUUCAAGUGAGCCUAAAGUGAACAAGGAAUAGGGACCAUGGUGUUUCAUAUCACCAUAUUUCACAACUAUGCAAUAGAAAGUUUUGUUUGUAAUUACAUUGGAAUUUAAGCCAUAUAAUUAAUUAAUAAAACAAAUUAUAUCACAAA